AUGGCCGGGAAAAAUACACUCGUCAUUGUCUUUACAGUUCUUCUCAACAUUUUCACUACCACUGCCAUCCCCAUCCCCGGCCCCGUCCCCGUCCCCAUCCCCGUCGGCAGCCGCGUCCCCGAUAACAUUCCACCCAUACCGGCAGAGAAGGCCCAAGUAGAGAGUUGGUUUCAGACCAAUGUGAAACCGUAUAAGGAGCGGAUGACCGGUUUGGACCCUGCCCUUGUGAAGGCAGAAAACAAUCCCAAAUUGAUAAAGGUGGGUAAAGGUGGGGAAUUCAAGUCGGUGAUGGAUGCAAUUAAGAGAAUCCCAGAUGGGAAUACUCAACGAGUGGUCAUCUCAAUUGCACCCGGAAUCUAUAACGAGAAAAUCAUCAUUGAUAAAAAGAAGCCGUUUGUCACUUUGUUAGCUAGUGAUCCAAAGAAUAUGCCAACUUUGGUUUUUGGUGAUACAGGAAAAGCGAAAGGAACUAUGACGAGUGCUAGUGUGAUAGUUGAGUCUGAUUACUUCCGUGCUAUGGAUAUAAAUUUUCAGAAUUCGGGACCAAGGCCGAGUCCCGGACAGCAGGCACAGGCCUUGGCAUUGAGAAUCUCCGGCGACAAGGCCUCAUUCUAUAACUGCAGAUUCCUUGGAUAUCAAGACACCCUUUGUGAUGACAAAGGCAGGCAUUUCUUUAAGAACUGCUACAUUGAAGGCAUUUGUGAUUUCAUCUUUGGCACAGGAAAAUCUCUAUAUGUGAACACACAAAUACAUGUGAUACCCUACCCUCAGGCAUUUAUCACGGCACAUGGAAGACAGAGUGCUACGGAAGAUACUGGUUUCUCAUUUGUUCAUUGCAGAAUUACUGGCACAGGCAGAACCGCUGACUUAGGCAGAGCUUGGAAGCCUUUCGCCAAGGUAGCUUUUGCUUAUACUGAAAUGAGCGAUGCGAUCAGGCCUGUCGGAUGGAAUAACAAAAAUGAAAGCUAUAUUGUUAGUGGGUAA